UGGCGAUACCCGACCGACGACCGACUUUCGAACGUUUGGCCAGUCCGCUCACGAAUUCCCUCCCAACCCGACACCUCACGCGGUCGCAUAUCCAUCAUUCACCAUGCCUUCCGAGAUCUCCGACAUCAAGCAGUUCAUUGAGAUCUGCCGGCGCAAGGAUGCCUCCUCUGCCCGCAUCAAGCGCAACCGCGUGACCCAGCAGAUCAAGUUCAAGGUCCGCUGCCAGCGUUACCUCUACACUCUGGUCCUCAAGGACGCCGACAAGGCCGAGAAGCUUAAGCAGAGCUUGCCUCCUUCGCUCUCGAUCUCUGACGUCCCCAAGAAGAACCAGAAGGGCAAGCACAUUGCUUAAAUGAGAUGUCGUUUUCAUAGCUGUGUCUGUUGAUGGAGCGAAUAAAAUGAGUUUCCUAAUAAAAUUUGGGUUGGGCUGCAUCACCUUAACGUCUGUCGGUGACACGGCACGUGAGGAUCAUGUCAAUUAGGCGCAUUCGUUGAAUACGAUAUCAAUGGGCUUGUCAAGCAAUGUUUUUGUUUAAUACUCAACAUCAGUCAUAUUGUGAUGCCCGCUGUAUAUUUGUCCAGCUUUCUCAACGAUGAACCUGUUGCGUGGGAGAAAACGGUCCUUCGAACCAUUGGAAUCAACGCAGUUUCAACCCUUCACCCUGAAACGAUAUUCAUCUUUCCUAUCCAAAUACACCACCUUGUCAUU